AUGUCUUCAGAUAACAAGUGGUCAGCAGAUGAGGAUGAAGGCCAAUUAUCCCGACUAAUCAGGAAAUCUAGAGACUCCCCCUUUGUCCCUAUAGGUAUAGCAGGCUUUGUGACUGUGGUGUCCUGUGGUCUUUACAAGUUAAAGUACAGAAGAGAUCAGAAAAUGUCAAUUCAUCUUAUUCACAUGAGAGUUGCUGCCCAAGGAUUUGUUGUUGGAGCUGUGACUCUAGGUGUUCUCUACUCUAUGUAUAAGGAUUACAUUAGACCACGAUUCUUCAGUGAGUCCAAAAAAUGAAGCUUACAUGCUGGAAGCAAGAAAGACAAGAAGCUUCUGAAAACUAUUUAUUAUGAAGAGUAAAUUUUCAAUAUGUAGCAAAUUUUACUACACAAGUGUCACAGAAU